UAUGAUUUGAUUUUUUAGUUUUUCUUAUCUACCGUAUUUUGUUAUGCACGCAAAACGAAAAAUUUCAUAUUCUCUGCACAGGAUCAAAAUGAUUAAGAAGGAAUUUAUUUAUUUAUUUUUUUCCUAAUGAUUGAAAACGAAGGUUUUAGCUGAACAGGGUGAGGGUCGGUGGCUCCCCUUCAAGGCUCCAGCUCUGAACAAUACCAAAAACAGAAACAGAACAUUGGGUCCAGCCGUGGCCAGAAUGUCUGGCGUCACCUUCUCCCGCACGUGCGAUUGGGCCUCUCCCCGGCUGCGCCGCCGCGUUCUUCCCACGUGUGACAGAUUGGGCCGGCCCCGCAAGUGCGACUGGGUUUCUCCCCUCCGUUGGCGGGGGGCGGCGGUGCGCGCGGUGGCUUCAUCGGCGGCGCGUGCUGCGGAUGGAGAGUUGCAGAAGGGGAUUGCUGAGUUUUACGACGGGUCGUCGGGGAUAUGGGAAGAGAUAUGGGGCGAGCACAUGCACCACGGCUUCUACGACACGCACGUGCAGGCCUACGUCACCGAUCACCGGCUCGCGCAGAUUCGCAUGGUCGAGGAAGCGCUCCGAUUCGCCGGCCUUUCGGAGCAUCCAGUGAAGAGGCCCAGAAGCAUAGUUGAUGUCGGGUGCGGAAUUGGAGGCAGCUCAAGAUACCUAGCAAGGAAAUAUGGAGCCAAAUGUGAAGGCAUCACUUUGAGUCCUGUCCAGGCCAACAGGGCUCAAGCUCUUGCAGCUGCUCAAGGAUUAGCUGACAGGGUAUCGUUUCAAGUUGCAGAUGCAUUGGAGCUACCAUUUCCUGAAGGACAAUUUGAUCUGGUUUGGUCCAUGGAGAGCGGAGAGCACAUGCCUGACAAACAAAAGUUUGUUCGUGAGUUGGCUCGAGUUGCUGCCCCAGGAGCCAAAAUAAUAAUUGUAACAUGGUGCCAUAGGGAUCUUGCUCCUUCUGAAGAAUCAUUACGGCCAGAGGAAAAAGUGCUCCUGAACAAGAUAUGCAAUGCUUAUUAUCUUCCAGCCUGGUGUUCUACAGCUGAUUACGUAAAAUUACUCCAGCCCCUCUCUCUCCAGGAUAUAAAGACAGACGAUUGGUCUGAAUAUGUUGCUCCAUUUUGGCCUGCCGUGAUACGCUCUGCAUUGACAUGGAAAGGCUUUGUGUCGCUGCUGCGCAGUGGAUGGAAAACCAUUAAAGGGGCAUUGGUGAUGCCAUUGAUGAUUGAAGGAUACAAAAAGGAUCUAAUCAAGUUCUCCAUUAUCACGUGCCAGAAGCCUGAAUAAAAAAUGGCAGCAUGUUGAAGUAUGAGGAUGGUUUGCUGCCUGAGAAACAUUAUUCAUUUUGGUAUAUUUUCUUCUCUAAAACAGAGAAAACCUUAAAUUCCAGUGGCUCACGCUCAGGCUAGACACUUAUUUUCAGGCCAAAAAAUUUCUCUUUGAUUCUAUCAACUGUCCUUUAUUCUCCAUUGUUGGAUACACAGGAGAAAAGAAAUGAUCUCUUUGCUCCUCUUGAUUGGUUGACAAAGAGGAAAGAAGAGCAAAUAAGAGAGGAAAAAAGGAGGGUUGUUGUUGUCAUUGUCA